AGGUGCUGAUUGUCUGAAGCAUAUCGACAUGUUGUUUCGGUUUCGAGUUUUAAUAGAACCAUGCUUGACAGGAAGAUGUGCUCAACAAAGGAGGCAGAUUGUAUAACCCCAGCGCUGUCCUCUCUACAUGGAAUAUCUUGGAGCUGUUCUUCUUCGAUCAUGAUAUCCUCCUCUUGUUCGCGCCAGUUUUACAUGUGAGAAUUGAUCCUGAAGCCAAGCCUAUACCAGUAGUAUCUACUCUUGAAGAUAUCAAGAAGUCUAAGACAAGACAUCGCGCCGACAUUCGAAAUGUCGCCCCGACAAAACAUGCCGCCGUUCACGCCACGGAUUGUCAUCGUCCCAGCUUCACCCCCGACGACUACCUCACCCACCUAUACAACUGACUCGGACGACCUGGAAGACAGCGACCAGUUCUCGCCUAUGUCUAUUAGUCCUACCAGUCCAACAGCCACAUCGAUCACCGCCCCCCCGCGCCGCUACCGACGCCUGCUUCCAGCGUCAACAGUGCAGACCCAAUCCCAACAACACCCCCAUCAAGCAACACAAGCACCAACCACACAAGCAACAACAAAAGAACCAAUACCAUCAUCAACACAACUCCUAUCCCCAGCCUUCCCACCACCAUCCUUCCAAACCUUCUUCACCUUCCACCCCGCCAACCCAACCCCCGUACCUUUACCCUCAACCUCAUUCUGCACAGCAACAUCAACAGAAUCCCGCCCAAACAAACGCCCCAAUCCCAACUCCAACCCCACCGCCACCGCCAAACCCACCAAGAAGAAGAACAACAGAACUACCCCAACACUGGAAGCAAUAACCACGCACCUCCGCACAAAGCUCUACCCGCUAGUCAGCAGCACCACAGGCCACGAGCACCCGGCGUUCCCGCGCACACUCCUCGCCUUCCACUGCCUCACGCACGCGCAGCUCGACGCCCUGGCCCGCCACUUCCACCAGGUGUAUCCACCCGUCGCGGCCACGGGCUUCUACCCCAUUACCGUGCCGCCGUGGGUGGGGACGGAUCGCAGUAGUGGGCGUGGGAAUGUGGAUCUUGAGACGAAGAGGCGGAGGUUUGGAAGGUUUAUUGGGUUAAGGGGGUGUGAGAGUCCCAUCUCUAUCUCUUCUUUUUCUUCUUUCUCUUUUCCUUGGGGAAAAAAGGGGGGGGAGGGGGCUGGGGUUGCGGUUUCGGAUGAUGAUGGCGAUGAGCUGGUUGGGGAUUGGGGGGAGAUGGCGGAGAGGAAGAGGAGGGUUAGGGGGUGGUUGGAGAAGUUGGAUUCUGGGGUUGGGGGUGCGGGUGAUUCUGAGGGUUUGGAGAGGCCUAAGGAUGCUGGGAGCGGUGGGGGGAGGGAUAGAGAGCAGCAGGGUACUACCACUACUUCUACCUCCAAUAUACCCCUUGAGGAGGAGACCGAAGAGCAGAUGCUCGCUAGGAUGGAACGCGAGUGGUUUGAUGCUAUGUUGCGCGCUAGAUUGGAGUCGGACUUUGCCAUGCGCUGGAAGAUGGGCGGUGGGUUUUGA